UAGGCUGUCUUAUAAUGCACAGUAAACACUUGCUACAGUAGUCAUCCCUCCUCAGUGAAGCAGCGCGUCCACUGUGCACGGAGAAGGCGACUUGAUUUGGAGCAGAGAUGCGCUCAGAGGUUCACUGUACAGGAGCUCUACAGGAUUGAUUUACACACUUAUACUCUACAGAAGCUCUACAGAAGUGAUCUGCACUCUAACAUUCUACAGAAGGACUUCUACACGAGCGAGAGCAUCCUGAAUAAAGAGAAGAAGUAUGGAUUAAGGAGGGCCAAGCCCGAAGCGGACCGCACUGCUCCGGAGCUACAGUACGGGAAGGAUGCCCGAGCGAGGAUGUGCAGCAGCCGGAAGAUCGUAUGCAGUCUGCUGGUGCUGUCCGUGCUGCAGGUGGGGCUCGGUGCGGCCAGCAUCGCGCUCGGGGCCGUGGCCAUCAGCAAAGCGCGGAACGAGCACAAGAGGCAGCAGGGUCAUGCGUCCCCGGUGUGGAGCGGGGUGUGUUUCCUCGUCUGUGGUCUCUGUGGGAUGCUGUGUGCGAGAAAAAGGACUGGCCUGGUUAUGAUCCUGUUCUCAGCGUGCUGCAUUUGCGGCCUGAUCGGAGGAAUCCUGAAUUUCCAGUUUGUUCGGGCGCUGGUGAAACGUCCCGAUGCGGUGCGUUCGCUGUACAUGGCAGCCAUGUCUCUGACCUGCCUGGGAAUCAGCAGCUGCACCCUGUCCACCUGGCUGACAUGUCGGCUGGCCAGCAGCGAGCAGCGGCGCAUGUUCCUGGAGCGCGAGCACUCGCUUCAUCACUCGCAUGAGAUGACCGAGAAGGUAGAGGACGAACAGAAGAGAGGAGAGGCCAGUCCGGGUAUUUCUCAGUGUCUCAGUGAGGUAAUGGAUAACUCCAGUAAUGGCAUCUCACAAAUCACAUACAACAGUCGGAGCGCAUCGCCAUGACAAGAUUGUGUGUCAUUCCGAUGACUUUGCACUCUCAGUAGGAUUGACGUUAAGGAGCUGAAGGCCAUCCGUAGGACUUUCCUGCACACAGCAGGCCUGAGGAUACUUAAUGCUACUGUGGAGAAAAAAAAAAAAAAAAAAGGGAGAGAUCAUCUCUGUGGAAUGAGCACCAAUCAGCAUUCAGGGAUGUGAUGCCUCAGGAGUAUUUAUUAGUGAGUACAGAGCAUUGUAUCAGUGAGCACAGAACAUGCAUGUAACCUUUACUUUCUUUCUCUCUCAUAUUAUCCCUGUCCCUUUCUUAAUGCAUUCCUCCUGCAUCUCUCCUUUAUUCCUAUUGAUUAUAGGUUAUGGGAAUGAUGACUCUGUCUCUCAAAUUGUCUUGUAUGGCAUAUUGAAUGCUCGGACCUCAAAUUACACAAAAUGCACAAUGUAAAAUGCUUGUACAAGAGAAUAAUUUAUUGAUUUACAGUAUUUUUAUAUAGAGGCUUCAUAUAAAAAUGAAAUAAAAUGAUUUAAAUGCA